AGAAAGAAGCGCGAAUAAAAACCAAAACAAGGAAAGCGCGGGGAAAACUCAAAGCAUAGCGUUAAGUGAGUUUUUCACAUAUUUCAGGAUAUUUUAAAGAGAACGUAGGGGGUCUUUGUUAAUACUCAUUUAAGUAGCUUUGAUUUGUGGCAAUAUGUCUGGACAUAAAUCGCCUCUAAGGAAGAGUUUAAAUGGGAGUAGUCCCAAUUCAUCUGCCUCGUCGAUUGUUUCAUUUCAUGGUUCUUGGGCGCAUGAGGUGCGACUCGCUGAACAGGAUGGUUGUGAUCGUAAAUUGCAUAAUAGCAGUGGGGAAUCAAGCGGUAAAAAUGCGCAGGGAGAUUUAUCAAAUGACUUGAAUCAAAGUCAAGGAAUUAAGAACCACGAACCUGCAGUAUCUGAAGAUCGUGAAAUAUCGCUGGAAUUCAUUGAAGGUGUUAACGAAGCAAAGUUUGAGCGUUUAUUAAAGGAAGAAAAGUUGAAAACACCUUUCAAGCGCCGUUACUCACAAACACCGAGUAAUGAAAGUCGCUCAGAUAGCACCAAUGGUUCCAAUAGUGAUAAUGAGGCUGAUUAUUGUUCUAGUAACUUCAAACGCACGCCUAAUAACAGUAAACACCAAUAUGAGGAACAAAAACGCUUGCGCUACAAUAGCUAUGGCUGUAGUACAUCUUCCAAGGAGUCACAAGUGGAGGACGAUCCUGUAGUAUUAGCGCGUCGUCAAAAACAAAUUGACUAUGGCAAAAAUACUGUGGCAUAUGAGCGUUACCUAGAAAUGGUGCCGAUACGCAAGCGUAAUCAUCCACGGACGCCAGAUAAAUAUGGUAAAUACAGUCGGCGCACAUUUGACGGUCUGAUAAAGGUGUGGCGUAAGCAACUGCAUUACUAUGACCCGGAGCCUGUUGCUGGCAAUGCAGAAGACAACGAUGAUUCAGAUUAAAUACUGCACAUAGUUCGAAUUGAAUUAUAAUUUUCUUAUUUAAUGCGAGACAUUUUGCGUUAUCAUUUUCUGCCUGUUCACUUGUUUUGCUGUUCUUGUUGCAUGUAGUAAAUGCCCGAGUUUUGUUUUGCAUAAGUAUGCCAUGAGUACAAUUGUUUUGUAGAUGUAAGUUAAAAUUUAUACAAAAUUAUAGCAAUUACAUAUAUACGGAGAAUAUUGAACGUGCGUAGCAACAAUUAAAAGCUAUUUAUUUAAA